AUGCCCAAAGAACGCAACUACAAUCCUGUGCAAGCCCAGCGCAAAGCUGAAAAAGCCAAGGCGAUCAAGAAAGGAAAGGCCGAGCAGCAGGCACGGCGGAACGAAAAGCUUGCGAAGCGCAAUCCUGCCAGGAUACAGCAGCAGAUUGACGAGCUGAGAGCGAUCAAAGAGGGUGGGGGCAAGCUCACCUCGCACCAAGAGCAGGCAUUGGAGGCUCUUGAGAAGGACCUGAAGGCGGUCAAGAAGGCAAGGGAGGCGCUGGGUGACAAGGCACCGCAAUUUGGGCAUGGGCCCCAGAGGCAAGGCCAGAGGGGCGACGGCGUGUUGGGGAAAAGGAGGCGCGAUGCCGAAGACGCGUCCAGCAGCGACAGCGAUGUCCCCGACGACGUCAAGAACAUACCCAUGCCGCGCGACACGCCGCCUCCGAUUCCUAAGGAGAUUCUAGACGAAUGGUAUGCGAAGCGUCGAGCGAAGAGGGCCGCCGAUCGAGCAUCGGAAGCCGAACAGCAAAAGGAGCCGGAAAAACCCCGUGCGCCCAUCAUCGAGGCCAAGACAGUCUACGAGGCGAAGCCUGUCAUCAGAGAUUUGAGAAGGGAAGCCGUGAGCGCGUUUAUGCCGGCAGCGGUACGGGCCAAGUUCGAGAAGGGUAAAGGCAAGGGGGGUCUGUUGGAGCCUGAAGAAGCCGAUCAGUUGGAAAAGGAGGGCUAUUUGCGGGCGCCCAAAGCGACGCCACUACAGCCUGAACACAGUGCCGGCCCUCACAAAGUGACAAUGGAGGAAGUCGAGGACGAUGGCUGA